AGCCAACCGGAAGUUCCGACACUGCUGUAAAUGGCUAGCAGCUAAAACCUGAGAGGUUAUCAUUAGAUCCAAACGGCUAUUUAACUCAACUCAGUCAACGUUCGCAGGCUUUAAUUUGCGUUUUGUUUGAACAGACAGAGCAUGAAAAUGAGAGAGAAGUAGAAAUAUUGCCAAGUCGUUUCCAUAAACUUCUGUCGAGCGACCACUUUUUACCUGAGGGAAAAAUCUAUGCUGAGGCAGAAGUGGUCGUUGACCGAAGCGUUGGUCACCGGCGCCGCGUCACGUCUGAGACAUCUCAUUCAGAGGUCAAACACUGGUGUCUGUACCGCAGAGUGUGCUUGCUCCCGAUUAAAUGGAUAUUGUGACACCAUAGAUACCAACAGGUUCUUUUCCUGAGAGAUGGGCUCUGAAAACCCAGAGGACUUUGAACCAGCACUUAUCCUCGCUGAGGAUGAUCAGCAAGAAAUCGGAGGCCUAAUCAACUCUGAUGGAGAAGAAAUGGACUUCUCAGAUCUCGGAGAGAGAGUUGUCCCUGAAAUUGUUCCUGCAGUAGCUCCGUCCAAGACAUUUGAUCAGAGUGAGAGUGAAAAACCACCAUCUCUUCACAGCUGCUCUGUGUGUGGGAAAGACUUCCCUUACGCCUCAAAACUUCAGCGGCACUUACGUACUCACUCAGGAGAGAGGCCUUUCCCCUGCUCAAUGUGUGAAAAGAGAUUUCCAGAAAAAGGGCUGCUCAUGAUACACGAAAGAGUCCAUACAGGGGAAAAGCCAUUCCCAUGCACUUUCUGUGAGAAAAGAUUUGCUAGUCAGGGGGAGCUCAGGCUGCACCGGCGGACACACACUGGCGAGAGGCCUUAUCACUGCUCCAUCUGUCUCAAGAGCUUUUCCCGACACUGGCAUCUGAAAACUCAUUUGGAGGCGAUGCACUCUGAGGUUGUUGCGGGCUUUACGAGGAAGAAGUUUCCCUGUUCGGACUGUGACAAGAGCUGUAACUCAGCGGCUGAGCUUAGAGAUCAUCAGAGGACUCACACUGGAGAGAGGCCCUACCAGUGCUCUUUCUGUGACAAAAGGUUUGCCUUGUCCGGUACGCUAGUAAGACAUGAGCGUCUCCAUACCGGCAUUACACCCUACCACUGCUCAGACUGUGGGAAGACGUUUGCGCAGCAGUGGACUCUGACGACACACAUGCGGACUCACACGGGAGAAAAACCAUACAGCUGCACACAGUGUGAUAAGUCUUUUGUAGCUCCGGGAGAGCUGCGGAGGCACACCAGGAUUCAUACGGGAGAAAAGCCGUACACCUGCACAGACUGUGGGAGGCACUUCUCACUGGCAGGAACUCUCAGAAACCACAAAAGAUCGUGUGCACAGAGCAAGAAUGGGUCAGUUACGGGUGUCCUCUCAGACCCGGGUCAAGCUGCAGUUGGCGAAACCUCCCAGCAAGACCUGGACAGCAACAUCAGCUCUGAGGUGUCUGACAGUCAGAGUUUGCCCAGUGCAGUUGAGCCUCACUCCUCGGAGCGUCUUAACUGUGACAAGGCAGCAAAGCAGUUUGAGAACAGAGAAAGAGAGCCAGAAGAUCGACUAGAGGACAUCGCUUCCAGUCCGCAUAUGAAUGUAAUAGUGAAAGAGGAGGAAGAAGAAGAACCUUUGUGUGCAGGAGAAGCUCCUGGCCAGGUGUCUGGUAGUGAGGAUUGCACGAUGCCAGAGGAAACAGAAAAGCAGCAGCAGGAAAGCAACACAGAUAUAAGGAUUACCGUAAAGGAAGAAGACGACCUUGUCAACAUGUCUGACGAGGAUCCUGAUCAUGCUGCUAACAAUGAGAAAGACAGUCCUCCAGCCUCACCAGCGCAGAAGCAGUUUAAUGACACUGCGACAAAGAGCUCUUACUGCUGUGGGCUCUGUGGAAGGGACUGUCACAAGAUGUCUGCGCUUCAGAUCCACAUGCGGAUUCACUCGGGAGAGAAACCCUACCAGUGCAGUCUGUGUGGGAAGCAGUUCACCCAGAAAGGUCAACUCAAAGGUCACCAGAAAGUCCACACAGGAGAGAAACCUUUCUCCUGCCCAGACUGCGGGAAGAGCUUCGCCCACUCUGGUGCCAUGAACAGACACCGGCUCACGCACACAGGGGAGAGGCCCUACCACUGCUCUCUGUGCGACAGGAGCUUCAACCAGUCCGGCCGCUUGAGGGAACAUGAGAAGAUCCACUUCGGGGAGAAAUAUGACUGUCCCGAGUGUGACAAGAGUUUUACACGAGCUUCAAGCCUCAAGAACCACUUCAGGCUUCACACGGGAGAAAGACCGUACGGCUGCGACAUCUGCGGGAGAGGCUUCAGCCGCUCACAAAGCCUCCGGCUCCACAGACGGAAACACGAGCAGAUUCAGACUGAGGAGGAGGAGGAGUCCGCAUUCAGCGUGAAGAACGAUGAUUUAUCACAGAGUGACGAUAACUCUCCAGUUAAUAUGUGUGUAAUAGACAAAAAUGACUGAUAAUGUAUUUAUAUAAAGCGUAGAUACAUAUGCCACUACUAGUGUUACAGUACAAGAUUAUGGGCAGUAAGAGGAGAAUGUGAAGAACUACCUCUGUGAAUAGACAUUAGUCAGUAAACCUUUAUGUGGUGGUUCACAAAAAAAGUACAUUAAAACAGAAAAGUACAGCACCCAGUGCAGUCAAAUUAAUAAGCAGACGCAUACCAGGUGCUGUUCAGUAACUAACAACACAGUUUCAGACAAAGUGACCCAACAAAUAUCUACUACAGUCAUAACUUUUGUAAAAUCUCUGGAACUGCUUAGAUGAUAAAUUUUAGAGGUCAUAUUUAUUCACGUUUAUCACUCUUACCUGUGUUAGUUGCCUUGAAAUAUGGCACUUGCAUUAGUAUUUCUGGUAGUGCAAAUGACUCAUUUAAGAUGUGUGACUUCACUUUUUCCACACAGCAUUUGUCAUUUGGACUAAUCCUGUCUGUGGAAAUCAGAUUAAAAAAAAAUAAUAAUGUUUUUUUAUCAGAUGUCACAAUGGCCAGUGAACAGUUUACAAAUCAGGUGAAACUUGUGUUCAUUCUUCAGCUACUGAAAAGAAUUUAGCCAGUAAUGAAACAGUGGGAUUGUGAUAUUCAGCAGGGUUUUUUUUUGCCAAAACAAUUUUGCCUUAUUAGUUUUUUAUCUUUGUUUUCUACAGCAGUUAUUCUACAACCAGAACAUGAAUCAGGUUCGCCUGGUUUUGACAACUCUUAAAGGCCAAGUAACUAUUGUGAAUAAAGGUAUCAUCCUCUGAGGCUGUGAUAGAAGAGACAACAGAAUAAAGCCAUCUAGAUGGUAAAUGUUGCCCAGUGCUGCCUCUGUCUAGUUGUAUGGGACAUGUCAACAAUAAAAGUACUAAGGACUAUUUUGUUUGGGUAUUUAUGACUCCAGAAGUUAAUGUAAGAGAGUUACAAAUAUAUGUAUGUAAAGUCAUGAAUAUUUAAAAUUUACAACAUGUAUACAAUCUCUUACACUAUUAAAAAAGACUGACUGUAGACAACGAAAAGAACUCUGACCAAAUAAAUUCUGGUAUAUUGAAA